AUGGCACCACAUGUGGUCCAGCUCCUGUUCCUCCAGCUUGUUCUAGGGCCAGCUUUGGUCGAAAACAUCCAGCUACAGCUUGCCAUCAAGAACUUCCGUACCUUACAUAUCGACUAUCCCAGGGUUAACUACGCAAAGGGUUUCCGGGGCUACUGUAAUGGUCUGAUGUCCUAUGUACGGGGAAGACAACAAAGCUGGCAUUGCCCAAAGAUCCAUUAUGUCUUACAUGCCCCACGGACAGCCAUCAAGAAGUUCUGCAAGUACAGCGAGAGCUUCUGUGAGAAUUACAAUGAAUAUUGUACAGUCACCCAGGACUCCUUCCCCCUCACAAUCUGCUCCCUGAGCUCCAAGCAGCCACCCACCAGCUGCCACUACACCAGCACCCUAACCAACCAAAGGCUCUAUCUGCUCUGCUCCCAAAAGUAUGAUGCUGAACCCAUAGAUAUCAUUGGCCUCUACUAG